AUGGACAUCGAAUACAGACAAUUUCAAUUCAUGACGUUGAGCAAGAGAAGCCGAAUCAAGGAAAUGACCAAAUUGUGGCGUAAUUUCAUCGUCUGCAUUGAAGGGACAUCGAGCGGUGGUGACUUAGAGGAGCAAUACUUGAGGGAGGUCAACAGGCUCAUCACAGAAGCCGUCAACAGCUGUCGAUUUGAUGUAGCCUAUUUAGUCAGUGUUGUGCAACCCAGAGAUGAUUUACGAUGGCCCUUUCGGGAGUUGUUGGAGACACGAAAUCGCGCUCUCGGCUGGAGACGGGAUCAAAAUAAUCAAAUUCUCACGGUAACCGCGAUGACUGAUGCUUCGUACAGGUCCCUAGGCUUGCACACUGGCCAAGUUUUUGCAGUGAAUAAUAAUGCAGUAAUGGCGUUUUCUGAAGCAUCAGACGAGGAAUGCUGGGGCUCCUGUCGGGCAGAGCUUAUUGCUAUCAUGCAGUUCGAAGAUCAGUUGCAGAGCAUUGGACGUAUAUUAGAUGAUCUUGAUUUCAAGUGGGAGGAAGAGAUCUUGACCGACAGCUUGGGAUCAAUUGGGCUUUUGAAGUCAGACCAUGCAGUUCCUCUUCGAGCGCAACAUAUUAGGGCUCGAUACUUGACCGGCGAUCUAGGUCUCGGUCACAUUUAUUCUCGAGAGAAUUUUGCUGAUCUGUUAACGAAACACAUUUUCGAGAUUGAUCGAAGAGCCUUGCUGUUGGAACGAUAUUUUGAUGUAUGA